AUGGGUCGUAAAGAUUUCGUUCAAGACGUCAAAAUUCUUAAAGAACAUUUUCGUGGCUUGAACUCAAAAAGUGCUUCCUUGGUUCAAGGUUUUGAUUUUCAAGAUCCAGAGUUAAGCUUUAAGUUUGGAUACAGGAUUGGGAAAUCAAUCACUGUUCAGAUUUUUGUGAACGACUCGUCAUUACAGUCGUACCCUACCAAAUUUAGCGCGUUUGUCUGUGUAGACGCUGCGAAUGAAGAAGAAGCGAAUAUUGCGGCGAAAUGCUUGUCAAAUGUCAACAUAGAAAAUAAAACAGUUAGCGAAAUUGGAAAAGUUCAGUCUAAGACUCCAGUACCAGUCGUUCAAACGCCUGUCAUGUUGCUUAAUAAAGAUUUGGCUGAAUUGAAACAUUUCCGGUAUAAUGCUGAACUACUUUGUGCAGACGAAAUUGGUUUUAAAAUAGUUGUAUCGAUGCCGGUAAUGCGCCUUGGUCUUAGUUUAGAAGCCUGUGAAGCUUGGAACUUGGAUCCUGAACGUUUUUUGGUAUGCAUUAUGCAAUUUUCACCUAGUUAUAUUGAUUUACAAGGUGUAAUUUCUAAUGCCCUUCAAACAAAAGCAUAUCUUAUUAAAGAAGGGGGAAGUUAUCAAGAUAUUAAAGAUUCAUUAAAAAAGCAGUUCCCCAUAACGUUUACAGUGUUAACAUCAUCAUUAUCAAAGGGCAUGCCAAGUCAAUCACAUCACAAAGAUGAUACAUUGGAAAGUGAUCAUUUUGUCCUUUCUUGGACUUUAACCGAAUUAUUACGACAAAAAUUCUUUGAUAUGCUAUGUGAUCGAAUGUGGUUUGGGAUAGGUUGGUCAGGCGCAGAAUAUGCGGAUUUAAAAAGGAAUAAAGAGCUGAAAUCGGAUUUCCUUAAUACCGAACGGUCGUUAUUUGUAGAUGAAUGUCUUUCGCAAGAUGAAGAACAACAUGGAGUCUUAUGCUACCUUGAAUCAGAGGAGAUGGAAGUUUCAACAGCUUCGGCAAAUAGGAAUUUUCUUUUAUUGGUUUUAAGAUUUUUGCGACGGAGGAUAUUACUUUCGACCAAAUAUUGUCUUACAUGUCAUUACCCUCAUACAGAAUCAGUGUCAUCUAUCAGACCUUUUGUUUGUGGUUCGGCUUUGUGUCAGCAUCAAGCACUUGUAGGAUUAGGCAAUCUCUUUGAGGCUGUAUUGGUAAAUAGUCCUGUGGUCGUUGAUUUGUUGAUAUCAUUAUGUCAUGUAGCAAUAAGUGGGCAAAAUUUAAGUCCAUUUCCAAGUAGAGCAAUAGGUGUUACUACUACUACUAAAUAUGAUGUUCAGAAUUCAUUAGUAGUAGAUUGGGAUAACAAUAUAGGUACUGUUGGUACACGUACAGAAAAAGGUUAUACCGUUUAUGGAUGGAAAGGAUUUGAUGAUCAAGUUAUGGUCAACGAUAUGUUGGAAGUAUUUCAUCCGGAAACAGGCCUACCUUUUACUGUAAACAGAUGCAGUCAUGCCACGUCUGUGCGUGUUUUGGAAGUUUCGGCAAAUACUUUAAUAAUUGAUUUUCCAAUUACCGUGUCUACUUCAACUGUACCUAAUCGUCAUGUUUAUUUACCAUUUCGUGUUCAUCGCCGGAGCGAAAGAAAUUUUUUAAAUUCUGAUAACACUCCAAAUUAUUCACUUUUACAUACUAUCAUCGAUAAAUUACCUGCAGUUAGCAUGAUGGUUCAAUAUGCAAAAAAAAAAAUCUUAAAAACUGAACUCGACAAAUUGGAUCCAUUGUGUUUCCCCCUCUUAUCAUGGAUAAUUUCUUCUAAUCGAACUCAUUUACGUUUAUUGGAAUCUGAGGAAGAAAAGGUUCAAUUUGAUCAAAGUGAUACAUCAUAUAAUAAUUGGAAACAAUUUGUUAUGAUUAUGAGUUCACCAGAGAAAGAAGAAACUUUUCAGAGAGAGAAAGAAAAACUAAGAAACGAAAGAAGAGGUCAAGGAGAAUUGUUUGCUUUUCAUGGUUCACCUCUACACAAUUGGCAUUCAAUUAUUCGAACUUCUUUAAAUUGGAAGAAGGUCGUACAUGGACGCGCCUUUGGUGAUGGCGUAUAUCAUUCUCUUCAGGCUCAAACAUCCUCGUCGUAUGCAGGAGCUUCUUAUUAUCAUCGCCAAGAUAACGGUUAUUGGAAAAAUUCUAUGUUAAUUGUGCAAAAGUGUAUGGCACUCAGUGAAAUUGUUAACCGACCAUCACAAUUUACCAGUACAAAUCCUCAUUUGGUUGUCCAGGAUGAAUCUUGGAUUACAACACGUUAUCUUUUUGUUGAGUGUUUAAGAGAUCCAAUGGAUUCAACAAACGAUGAAGAAGAAGAUUGGUCAACUAGUCAAAAUAAUAACAAUUUUGUACCAUCAAUCCCAUUGUCAUUAACAAAUCCGUUAACGUCUUGGGCUCGUCGUCCGAGAGAUAAUUCGGAGUAUAUAACAUUGGAUCGUACAUACACACCUGUAUGGUUAAACAACCAACCUUUGCAAAUUCCCAUUCGAGAUUUUUCUAUUAUUAAUAAUGAUAUACCCGAUGAAAGUUCGAUUGGAAUUGCCGAAUCUUCUAAGGGAGCUACUCAACGUAUUUGCAAAGAACUAAGAACAAUUAUACACAAACAAUCAGAAUCAUCUAAUGAUUUAGGAUUCUUUAUUGAUACCAAUAGAUUACGAUCAGUAUAUCAAUGGGUUGUUCAACUUACGAACUUUGAUUCUAGUCUACCACUUGCGCAAGACAUGGCAAGAAACAGAGUAAAUUCUAUUGAUUUGGAAGUUAGAUUUGCACCUGAUUAUCCUUUUGUACCCCCAUACGUUCGUGUUAUUCGUCCUAGGCUUUUGAGAUUUAUGGAUGGAGGGGGUGGUCACGUUACUGCCGGAGGAUCUAUAUGCAUGGAUCUCUUAACCCUUGGAAAUGAACGUGAACGUGGAUGGUCAUCUGUUUAUGCUAUGGAAGCUGUAUUAUUACAGAUCAAGAUAGCAUUGAGUUCUUUGGAUCCAAAACCAGCAAGGCUUGAUCGUAAUUGGAAUUGCGAAUAUAGUCCUGGGGAAGCCAUUGAUGCGUAUAUACGAGUCGCUAAUCAGCAUGGGUGGGCUGUACCGCAAGGAUGGAGCUCUCUGUUUGGUCGUUAA